UCUCAACUCUAAACCUCCUCAAACCCUCUUUCUUCUCGCUAUCUGCGCUCUACAAUGCUUUCUCGCUUCAUCUCCAAAUCUUCACAAUUUCAUCGUUUGCUAACCCUAGUUUCCUCAAAAUCCCACCUCGUUAACCCUAAACCCAUCGCGCGGGGCCCUGUAUUUUCGGGCUCCACUCAGUAUUUCUCUCCCAGAGCUCCUCAUUUCUAUUUUUUCUCUACGAAAGGUGGGAAUGGGAACUCUGGUGAUGAUUCAGCUGCCUCCGGAGCUGAUUUGUGGAAAUUGUCCUCAGAAGUUGACCAGGAUAUUGACUCCGUCUUUUCCGUAGAAUCUGGGUCUCUUGAGGGCAUCGACAAUCAGAAUGGCGGAGAAAGGAAAAUUGGUGAUGAUAAAAUAGCUGAUCCAUUUAAUGUGGUUGGGGGGGAAGAGAGCACUGGUGGGAAUGAGGAAUGGGCGACUGCUGAUGACUAUCAGCCGUGGAGUUUUUCUGAAGAGGGGAAGGAAGAAGGGGAAGAGGAUGUGUUUGGUAUUGAAGCAGAGAGUGGAGAAAUUGGGAUCAGUGGUUUCGGGGAUGGAGUAGGAGAAGGGCUUGGGGGGAUUGAAAACAGGGAGCAGGAGAAGCAGCUUGAAUCUGAGGAGAAGGCCUUAACUGCGAUUCUCAAAGGUCCAGAUCGUGCAUUUGGUGAUCUCAUAUCUGCGUCUGGAAUAACAGAUGAGAUGCUGGAUAGUUUAAUUGCCUUGAAGGAUUUUGAAGGCAUUCAAGGACUCCCUCCUCUGUCUGAAAUUGAAGACAUGCGUUAUGAGAAGAAUACCAGAAAAUCCAGCAGAGCUGAAAUAGAGCGCCAAAAACAGGAGGAGGUGGCCAAGGCACGGGUCAGACAAGUAGACGAGAAGGGAAGGGCUUAUGGAACAGGAAAAAGGAAAUGCAGCAUUGCCCGCGUCUGGAUUCAGCCUGGUGAUGGAAAAUUUUUUGUGAACGACAAAGAGUUUGAUGUAUAUUUCCCAAUGCUUGAUCACCGUGCUGCUCUUCUUCGCCCUUUCUCUGAAACCAAAACUUUGGGCAUGUGGGAUGUCAGUUGUACUGUUAAAGGAGGUGGCACCUCAGGUCAAGUUGGAGCAAUCCGAUUGGGCAUCAGUAGGGCAUUACAAAACUGGGAACCAGGAUUCCGUCCUCCUCUAAAAGAAGCUGGUUUUCUGACAAGGGACUCGAGAGUUGUGGAAAGGAAAAAGCCUGGUAAAGCAAAAGCAAGGAAAAGCUUCCAAUGGGUCAAGCGUUAACCAAUGGUUUUGCACUCUUCCUUUCUGGCCCAAGUCAUACAGCAUUUCUUACAUUGUUCUUCCUCAAUAAGAAGCUCAGUCAUGUAACACUGCCUGUAGUCCAACAUUUUGCUCCAAUACGAUGCGGUUGAAGAUAUGUGCAGCAUCCUAACUCACCUUUUCUGCCCACAAUUCUUUCCCAUCUUGGUUGUCUACGGGCAUGGAAGGAGUCCCCCAAGUGUUGGUUGGUCUAUUUCCUAGAAAUUUUAGCACAGCCGGUCGUAUAAUUUUAUAUUCCGAGUUAGAUCAGGAAAUUGUAUUAGUUAGAAUGUUAGAAAUGAAAUCGUUCUGAAGAAACCUGAAAUGUUACUGCUGCUGACUAAUUUAUGGUAGCAGCUACAUAUCUUUCGAUUCAAUUGUGUGCUGAAGAGACUAAUGUUUUCUUCCGAACUGGCUAAGCACUCUGUUGGGCAUGGACAUUUUUAUUAUCAUCAGUUGGUCGGGAGUAACGGGGCGAUGGUCCUUAAUAUCUCCUUACUUAUGUUGGGAAGCCA